UUGCUUCUGUUGACCACCGCGUGGUGGUUUCCUCUGUGGUUUCGAGCUCUCACAACUCUCCCGCCCGUCUGGAAGUAGCUUGAAAAUACAUCUCGACCCGAUGGCCCGCAGAUGAAGCUCGAAUUAAAAAUAGGAUAGCGUCGACCGAAGUACCAUUGGAAGUACCAAUCUUCAGUCAACCGAGUCAACAACGGUCAGCGCCAAUCAGCGCGUUAACUGAUGAUUGGUAUCAGUCAACCGUUGACUGAACGCAGUCAACGAGUCAACGAUCAGGGCAGCGGAUCAUCGUUUCAGCGGCCGAUUGAAAGCGCCGCCUUCUGGAUCUAUCACGUGAGCGUCGCUGUCGGCCAUUUCGGUGGCAGCCAUUUUUGGGUUAGUAACUGAGUGAGUUGAUGCCGUUCAGGUAACGUUCAUGCGCAGAGCGUGACAGUCAGGACAGACAAAGGUUCCCGUCAGUAGCUCGCGAUGGUGAUGAUGUGUUGAGGAAACAGUCAGCUGUAAACCGUAAAUUCGUGAUGGCUUAGACGUAUGUGGGUAAAAGUGUAGCGCGCCAUUGUGAGAUUAAUUGAUAUUAAGUUAUCAUCAUACGAAAAAGUGUGGUGGAGUAUAAUAAUCAUUAGUUCGGUGCGUGCGAGAUGGUUACGAUGUUCAGUGAGUGCGGAUACGUCCUGUUCCUGCUACUCCUCGUCCCCUACAUUGAAAGCGCUCGCCGGCUGAACGAAUACAUACGUCAUUACGAGCCCCUCUCGUAUCCCACGGAAGAAGUGCACCGUGGUCAUCUACGUGCGAAGAGAUCCGUGACACGUGACAAUGCGGUGACAUUUAAAUUUCGUGCUCACGGCAGAGACUUCCACAUCCGUUUAAAAAGAGACUUAACAACUUUUAGUGAUAAUUUAGUGAUACUCGGACCUUCCGGAAAAGAGGAGGAUUUCGACACCUCCCACAUCUACGAGGGUCACGUACUGGGGGAGUCUGGUAGCCAUGUGUUCGGAAGCAUCAGCGACGGAGUCUUUCAUGGUAAAAUUAUCUCGCCAAGCAGCGGUGGUUGGUACAUUGAAAAAGCUCAUCACUACUUCCCGCCGCACGAAAUCAACGAAACGUUGCACUCGGUCAUCUACCACGAGAACGACGUCGACGAUCCAUACGCAAAUAUCCGAGAAGGACAUUCGUCGGGUUGCGGCGUGACAGAGGAAAGAGUGCAAUGGAUGGACGCGGUGCAAAAUUCCGGUGAACCAGAUCCGCAACCUCCGCCUACUUUACCCGGUAAAAAAUCGAGAAAACACGUAGAAACUAUUAAAGUUGAUCCGUGGACAGGAGACAACGAGGAACCUGGCCACAAAUAUUCCAGACAGGCAAAUGAGCCUGGAAAUUCUAGAACUAGAAGAACGCGGAGAGCCACGCGGCCAAAGGAAGACAACAAAAAUACCACCUGCUCCUUAUUCAUUCAAACGGACCCCCUCAUAUGGAGGCACAUAUCCGAACAACUUCACGGAGACCCAGAAAAGACGAAAGAAGAAAUACUUUCGCUUAUUUCACAGCACGUAACGGCAGUGAAUUAUAUUUAUAGAGAUACCAAAUUUGAUGGUCGUUCAGAUCAUCGUAACAUAAAAUUUGAAGUUCAAAGAAUAAAGAUUGACGACGACACUCCAUGCACACCGACUUCAAAUUAUGCGGAGGCGAAUCCGUUCUGCAUGGAAAAUAUCGACGUCAGUAACUUUUUGAAUCUACAUUCACUCGGUAACCACGAAGCCUUCUGUCUUGCCUACGUCUUCACUUACAGAGAUUUUACCGGAGGUACUUUAGGCUUGGCUUGGGUAGCCUCUGCAUCAGGUGCAUCGGGUGGUAUUUGUGAAAAAUAUAAAACUUAUACAGAAACAGUUGGCGGAAUGUACCAAUCGACUAAAAGAUCCUUGAACACUGGAAUCAUCACAUUCGUAAACUACAACAGUAGAGUGCCCCCAAAAGUAUCCCAGUUGACGUUGGCUCAUGAAAUCGGUCAUAACUUUGGAUCGCCGCACGACUUUCCUCCAGAAUGCAGACCAGGAGGACCACAUGGAAAUUACAUAAUGUUCGCAUCGGCGACCAGUGGAGAUAGACCGAAUAAUAGCAAGUUCUCAAAGUGCAGCAUAGGAAAUAUCAGCAACGUUUUGGACGCAAUGGAAGAUAAUAAAAAGAGAAACUGCUUCUCUGCAUCCGCCGGUGCAUUCUGUGGGAACAAAAUUGUCGAAGCUGGUGAAGAAUGUGAUUGUGGAUACGAUGAUGAAGAAUGUGUGGAUAAAUGUUGCUAUCCGCGUGAAAUAUCAGAUCACGAAAAAAUGAGAAAUAAAACGGCAAAGGGAUGCCAAAGGAAAAACGGAACGCAAUGCAGCCCCAGUCAAGGACCUUGCUGCUCGAGCGAUACUUGCCAAUUCGUACCCUACAUCAGCAAAUCUCAAUGCAAGGGGCCUACGGAAUGCAGUUACGAUUCAGUGUGCGAUGGUAAAUCAUCGGAAUGUCCAGUACCGUUACCAAGAGCAAACAAAACGAGAUGUAAUGAGGAUACACAGUUAUGCAUUAAUGGUGAGUGCACUGGAUCGAUAUGUUUGGAAUGGAAUCUAACAGAGUGUUUCUUGACCAGCACUAUUAUUCCAAACAUCGACAAAAGAAAGUUAUGCGAAUUAGCUUGUCAGAAUGGUACUGACGGAUCGACCUGUCGUAGUACCAGUGAGUUUGCACACUCCGUAGGACUUCCUACUGGAGGAAUAAGUCUGAGACCAGGAUCUCCCUGCGAUAAUUUUCAGGGUUAUUGCGACGUUUUCUUCAAAUGCAGAGCAGUUGAUGCUGAGGGACCGUUAGCAAGAUUAAAGAACCUCUUGUUCAACAAAGAAACAUUGAGAACAGUGGCUCAAUGGGUUACGGAGCGCUGGUGGGCGGUACUUUUAAUGGGGAUAGCAUUCAUAAUUUUCAUGGGUUUAUUUAUAAAAUGUUGUGCUGUACAUACGCCUUCUAGUAACCCUAAAAAACCACCGGCAAGACGGAUUAGCGAGACGCUAAGAAGGCCGAUGAACACUCUAAGGAGAAUGCGACAUCCACAUGGAGGUGGCGGUGCUGGUCCACGAAGUAUUCCUCCAAGACAAGCUCCAGGGGGUCAUGGUUCAAGAGCACCAUCGCAUGGUUAUGGAGAAGGAAGAGGAGCUCAGUAUUAUCCUCCCAAAGGCUAUCGCUCGGUUCCCACAGCUAGUGCGCCACCAGCAGCAGGGGGUUAUGGGCGGUCCAAUCAUCCCGAACUGUAUGCAGGUGCCUAUUCGGGUUCCGGAGGAGGUGGGAGGGGCACAGCCUAUGAGAUGAGGCAUCACAACAAGGUUUGAUGACAUUAGUUAAAGAGUGUCGCAGACCUAUUAUCGGUGUGACUUUUGUGAAACCAAUUUCCAUGGUUGACCAUACAUCAUUCGGACAUUGUUGCUCGUGACAAGAGUAACUCGAGAGAGUAUUGAAGAGAGCUGGAUGCUAAUUUGAGUAACAUUAUUGUUCAUCUGCAUUGAGAUUAAAUUCAAUUUCAAAUGGCAAAACUUACAACAUAAUUUAGGUUUGAAUAAUGAUAUUCAUUAAUUAGCAGACCGUAUAUCACUCCAGAAAUUCGAUGAACAGGUCUUCUUACAUGCUGUAUUUGACCUGAGCAUCCGUGCUCUUUUUUUUAUAUUAUAUACCAGUAGAUUCCACGAUGUGAGUAGUAAUUAUAAUAAUAGCCAUGGUCACACUGCCCUAAUGAAAGCUAAGAUAAAAAGAAAAAACCUACCACGGUUGAAGUAUUUAAAGAAAAAAAUUUCCCCAAUACCUCCUCAAAGUCAAAAUGCGAGCAAAUUUCGACCACGAUGGCUCGAAUAGAAACCAUUUUCGCUCAUUGAGCUUUGCUUCCAAACAGACGUAUGAAAAUCAUGUAUGGGAUGAUCGAAUAGAACUUAAGUAUGACAAUAUUGUAAAGUUGUGAUCUAGGGGCAGGGCAGAGGGGGAGUUGAACUACCGAAUUUCUCGUUUCGCUAUGUUUGAUUCUUUCCUUUAGAGUAUUAACCCUUUAUGCAAUAUAUAUGUUAUGUAAGUUUGAAACCGCGAGUUAUCUUCUUUCUUUCCAAAAUACAUUUUUUACAAUAUCGUCAUCUCAUCUACUCAAAGCAAUGAUCACAUACCGAUAUUAAAUAAAAAAAAAUUCUCAUGUGUUUAACUCAAUAACAAAACAAAAAAAAAAUCUUAGCUGUGAUAUUAAUAGUAUAGAAAACAGAUAGCAAUUUUUCUACGUGUUGCCGUAACUGAUGUAACGUUUUAUGACCACAGCCAAGCCGUAGAACAUUACGAAUACUAUAUCUUUCGUUUCAAUAAAUUCUCUUUGAUAACAAAAAAAUUAAAUACUUCGUUGCAUGUUCACCGCUUACAUAUGAAUACAUCCAACCAUAUAAUUUACCAGCAAAAAACUAAGCAGACUUCGUUCAAAACAAUGAUAACUUGGGAUACAAUAACGGAGUAUUAUUUAAUUUAAUCUAUCGUUGUUUUCUCUUAGCAAAGUUGCGGUCAAGUUAAUAUAUGCACAUACCUAUACGGUCUGACUAGGAAGCAGAACUUAUGUUUUGACAUAAAACCGAUGUUGAAUUUUUGUUCAUUACAACUAAUCUAUUAACAAAAAUCGGAACAUCGGCCGAAUAAAGAAUAAUUGAGGACGCGAGCCUUGGUCGAACUAGAAUCCAGCAUUACCAAACCAUUGCAGGUCAUUCAUUUGAUCUCUGUACCAUUUUAGUAUACUAAUUAUUAUGUAUUAUUCUUAUAUUAAUUUUUAUUAGCCAAUUGAAGUGAGUGGAGCUAUGAAAGAUGGUGAAAAAAAGUAACUGAGCAUUUUAUAGUAAUACUCAAUCUAUAAUUAAUAUUAUUACGGUUAUCAUGAUAUUAUUAUUACUAUUAUUAUUAUCAUCAUUAAUUAGUUUAAUGCAAUUAUUAUUACUGAUUAUUAUUAUUGGUAAAUUGUAAAUGAUAUUUGAAUAGCAUUAUUAUUAUAUAUCACGUGGUUUUAGUCAGUCAGCACAACUUUUUUAAAGAAUUUAAAUAAACAAAAACCACAAAUGAAAAAAGUAACUGACUUUGAUUGUUUUAUUUUUUCAAUGAGUGCUUUUAGUUUACUCUAAUAAUUUUUAAAUUUUGAUCAAGUAAUUAUUAAAUAUAAAAACAAAUUUACAACUUACAUAGUAUUAAAUUGAAUAGCAUCCCAUUUUAAUCAAAGGCUGAUCGAAUAUACAUAUUUAAGUUCUAUAAGAAUCUAUAAACUCAUUGCCGCGAGACACAAUUGUCAUCAAUAUUAUAAUGUAUGAUUCCUAUACUUUCUUUUCUCGUCUUGUAGCCACUUACAUAAAGCCAAUCCCUUUAUGGGCUAGGAGUACAGUAUUUGAUGGAUUUAAAACCUUCCAUUUUUACGAACGUUGAUCAUUUAGUCAUUUAUGUUAUAAUAAUUUUUAUUUUAACUAUAUAAAGCAAAAAGUAUAAUGGAAAAAAACGACAAACAAAAACAUGCCUUCGCCAAUUUUUUCUGUUUGAAUUAUGAUUAUUCAAUAAUUAUGGGUUUUACUUAUGGAGUAUGUACAAGGCGGACAGACCAGCUGUAAUAGCCGCAAAAUACUAUUUUUCUAUAACUGGGAAUGGAACUAUAUUUGUGGCUGGCAAAAUUUCGGUAGAAUAAAAAUAAGACAUGCCAAUUUCAAUUCAUGUCGGGAGAAUUAGCUAUGAGUUAUCGGUGGUAUAGCGACGUUUAUAAUUCUUACAGUUGUACAGAGUUUAAUUGACUCGAUUGAGAAACAUCCCCGGUAGCUUGAUUCCCGGCAAUUAUUGGCGUUAGCUGUACUGAUUGUUUUUGGAAUUUGACUAUUCGUUAGUGUCUGAAAACGAAACGAGGACUAAAAUCUUAAAUUCAAAGUAAAAUACACCACGUAGCUAAAACAAAAGGCCAGCCAAGUUUCUGUAUCCAAAGUUCGUCAAGUACAUCAGUGGUAUAUGGAAAAUGUACAAUAGGCGCAAUGUGAUUUUUAAGCGGAUUGUAUGAUGAAACCAUUAUAUGAGAGAAUACACUCGUGUAAAUAUAAUAUUAAUAUUAUAAAAUAUAAUUAUAUAACGAUAACACAAGGUAAAGUGAAUAAUAAAUACUUGUUUUUAUAUCAGAUCUGUACUAUAGCAAAAUAUAAUUAUUCUGUAUUUUGUAAUCGAGAACAGCAUAAUGUAAUCAUACCACAGACGUGUGUAAAAAACCAACAAAAUAUGAAUACAUUUAUAUAUAUGUAUAUCAGGCUCAACUGUAGCUAGCGCAUCAUAAAAAUCUCAAGAAGUAGCUCUGGACAUUAUCAUAGUGCAAAAUUACUAGCUGACCUCAUUCUAUGUGUACGUACGCAUAUAAUUUACUUUGAUAUUCCAAGAAACCAUAACAUUAGUACGAUAAUCAAUAUAUAUUCAUCGAAAUCGGCUGUUCUAAUGUUCCACAGUAUUCGCUGAUACAAUUACCGAUAAUUAAACACAACCAAAUAUCGUACUAUUUCUAAUCAUUUUUCGAAUAGAUGCACACGAUCACAAAAAGAAACCUGCAUAACUGGAACUGUAAAUAUCUGGCAAAUAUGGUGCUAUAAGUUGAUCCCAUUAAUACCCACAGAGGUGCUCAGUCACUCGAUUAUUACUAGUGUUAGACUUAUUCUUGAAAUUUUUCGCAAUACUCCGAUUCCAGAGAAAACGCUGAAAUGUAUGAUCGUGUGAUGAUUGUUCGAUGAUAUGCAAUAAAAUGCAGUGAAUGAAUUUUCAUCCCGCUAUUCACCGCCCAAAAAAUUGUAAGAAGAAUCAAGAAAUACCUCGAGAAAUACUUUAUGAAAAAGCAAGUCUCUUGAAUGAUUUUACGAAGAUAGAAUGGGGUCAAGCUCUUGAUACAAAUCGCUUGUGUGCGUGUGAAGUGUAACAAUAAAUUUUAAUAAUCCUUUGUUCCAAAAGCAAAAAAAAAGCAGAAAAACAUAUUGAAUACCUACGCUUAGGCUAUUUAGUUCAAUCGUGAUGCGAUACUCUAUCACUUGUACAUAUUGUUAGUACUCGGAACAAAUUAAAAAUUAUAUUUUUUCUAACAAUCCAAAAAUCAUAUAUCUUAUCAAUAAAAACGCAACUGGAUUUUUUUUCGUAUUUUUCUGUAAGUACAUCAAAUCUUCUUUAAUGAAUUUAGCAUUCGAUUUGGUUCUGCAAAACAAAUUUACCGACAAGUUACUUGAACAUUAGGUGAAGAACCUUAGGGCUCUCAUGCUGAGAAGCGGAUGGUUAAAAGGGGGAUAAUACAAAAUAGGAACAAUACUGCCAGCGUAUGUGAAUGUUAAGUUUCGAAUUCUUCACCGUAUAAUUGCGUAUAAUUAUGCAUGAUAACUGACCAAUUGCCUGACUGUAGUCUGAGAAAACUCACCUUUCUUAACCCAAGAAAAAUGUUUAGGACGUGGCAUGUUUUAAAAAUAUGAAUACAAACAUAAUUGUGAAUAUCUUUUGUGUUACGUUAAUGUGAUUAUAGAAACAUUGUAAAAAAAAAAAAUUAAUAAAGCGUACAUUUUACAUUUAAACAUA